AUGUUUGCAAUGAUGCUGAAGAUAUUUCCAGUUCUAGCCAUCCUUACAGGCCACGUCAGCAGUGUUGUGGUGACCGUCCCUGAGAAGAUAGUGAAUGUCACGGUGGGUGGAAACGCGACCCUCCUCUGUACAUACACAACCUCUGGAUCCCUGGGCAACUUCUUUAUCCAGUGGAGCUUUUACAGUGCCAAAGAGAGCCAACUGCAUACCCACUCCCCGUGUCACGGUAUUCUGAGUAUGGAUGAAAAGUCAGUCAGUCAUUGUCAAAAGAUGGUGUAUGUGACAGAUGCACGGGGAAGAUGUAGCUGGAGACACAAGAUCUAUUACUACUCAGGAGGCCAGUCUUACUCGUAUGGAGAGUUUAAGGACAGGAUCACAGCUGCAACAGGUCUAGGGAAUGCAUCAAUAACAAUCUCCAACAUGCAGCCCUCCGACACCGGUUCCUACACCUGUGAAGUUUUCAGCCCCCAGGGUGAUGCUGGACAGAGUCAGAAAUCUGUGAUUGUCAAUGUGCUGGUCAAACCAUCAAAACCUUUCUGCAAAAUAGAAGGAACACCUGAAAAAGGCCACCUGAUCUACCUCUUAUGCAGAUGUGAAGAAGGACUGCCUCACCCUACCUACCACUGGUACAAAGUAGAUGAGAAUACUCUCAAGCCCGUGACAGAACAACUUAACCCAGACACUGGCAUUCUUUACAUUGGCAAUCUCACCACCUUUGAGACUGGCUAUUACCAGUGUGUGGCCAGCAACAGCCUGGGCAACAGCACCUGCGAGCUCGACCUGACUGCAAAGCAUUCAGAAAGUGGUAUUGUUGCUGGGGCAUUAAUUGGAGCAAUUCUGGCUGCUGCUAUCAUUUGCAUUAUCGUCUGGGUCUUAACCAAGAAGGCAAAGAAGAAGAAGAAGUCAUCGAGUAACGAGAUGCAAGAAAUGGCUCAGAAACAAUCCAAUGCAGAGUAUGUUCAGGUACCUAAUGAAGAAAGCAUUCCCGCCGCUGCAGUCCCACCAAGCAAUGCAACAAACGAAUACCCUCAUGCUGAUGAAACAGCAGCCUCUGGAACACCUGAAAAUGAAGAGAUGCAAGAAGCAGAAAAAGAAGAAAUAGCCUAG